CGUGAGCCGGGUUAAAACUGGGGUGGCUGCUCACAAGGUCGAGACGGGGAUCACCCCCUGGAGAGUUCUGGACGAACUGACGGACGCACCGAGUGCAGGCGGUCACCAUGAGCCCAGCGCCAGUAUUUGACAAGCCUAAAGUAGAGCUUCAUGUCCAUCUGGAUGGAGCCAUCAAGCUUGAGACCAUCUUGUACUAUGCCGAGAAGAGAGGAAUCCCACUUCCUGCCAACACAGUGGAGGAACUCCGGGACAUCAUUGGCAUGGACAAGCCCUUAAGCCUCCCUGAGUUCUUGGCCAAGUUUGACUACUACAUGCCAGCCAUCGCGGGUGACCGGGAAGCCAUCAAACGAGUGGCCUAUGAGUUUGUGGAGAUGAAAGCCAAGGAAGGUGUGGUGUAUGUGGAGGUGAGGUAUAGCCCCCACCUGCUGGCCAACUCCAAGGUGGAGCCCAUUCCCUGGAAUCAGGCUGAAGGAGACGUCACCCCUGAUGAAGUCGUAUUUCUCAUCAGCCAGGGCCUGCAGGAGGGCGAGCGAGACUUUAACGUCAAAGUCAGGUCUAUUCUAUGCUGCAUGCGCCACAUGCCAAACUGGUCCCCUGAGGUGGUGGAACUCUGUAAGAAGUAUCGCCAGCAGACGGUGGUGGCCAUUGACCUGGCUGGAGAUGAGACCAUCAACAACAGUAGCCUCUUCUCUGGGCAUGUACAAGCCUAUGAGGAGGCAGUGAAAAGUGGCAUCCAUCGGACAGUUCAUGCCGGAGAAGUGGGGUCUGCCGAGGUUGUACAGCAGGCAGUAGAUGUUCUCCAUACUGAGAGGAUAGGCCAUGGCUACCACACUUUGGAAAACACCACCCUGUAUGAUAAGUUGCUGAAGGAGAACAUGCACUUUGAGGUAUGCCCCUGGUCGAGCUAUCUUACAGGAGCCUGGAAGCCGGACACCCUGCAUGCAGUCAUACGAUUUAAGGAUGAUAAGGCUAACUAUUCACUCAACACAGAUGACCCCCUCAUCUUCAAGUCUACCAUUGACACAGAUUACCGCAUGGUAAAAACGCAAAUGGGCUUUACUGAGGAUGAGUUUAUAAGACUGAAUAUCAAUGCAGCCAAGUCCAGCUUCCUUCCAGACAAUGAGAAAAAGGAGCUCCUUGACCGACUGUACGAGGCCUAUCAGAUACCACAGCCAGUCUCUAAACUGUCAGAGUGAUGAUGCCUCCAACAUGACAGAGCAAGACAGGAAAAACUCCUGAUCCCAUAAUGCCUCAGUAGCCACUAUGCCAUGACUCAGGAACCAGAUUCGAGCUUCCUUCCCAGUAGGGUGGAAGUGCUAUAAUCUUGCCUAUUUUCUUUCAUGGGGCAAUAUUGAUUAGCAGAUCAACUCUUUUCCCAGUGUACAUAUAGCCAGCUGUGCAUUAAGAUACCUCGGUGCAGGGACAUUUGUCUUGUACAGGCUGCUCACCACCCGCAAGACUCAGGGCUUUUGCUUAUAAAUCAUUUAAAAAUAACUACUGAGAUGACCGACUGCCAGGGGCCAAGUCUGAGGCCCCUCUGAAGAAGUGAUCCUGCUGGGUGCUGAGGGGGGGUGGCGGUGCUCAAUCAAUAAACUAAUCGAUCCAGUCUGUGUGCUGCUAA